GGCGUGCGCUCGGCCCGCGGCGCGUUCGCUGCUGCUGCUGCUGCUGCCAGGCUGAGGCUGGAGCGGGCGGGGAGGGGCGCGGGUGGGAGCGCGGAGGAGGGAGGAGGCGGCGGCGGCGGCGCGUGUGGCUGGCGGGCGGGAGGGCGGCUGGCACCGGGCUUGUAAAUAAACUGCGAUGCUGUCUCGGGCUCGCCGGCCUGGGUGCCGCCGCCGCCGCCGCCGCCCCGGAGCGCGGGUUUCAGGCUCCCGCCGCCGCGCGCCCUAGCGCCUCCGCGCCAGCCUCGCGCUCCCUCCCAGCUUCUCCGCAGCCCCCGGCCCGCGACCCUCGGGGUCCUGCGGCUGACCCGCGCGGGAUGUGACCCCCUGACCCCCUGCCCGGCCUCCCCUGCCCCCCAGGGGGCCCGCCUUUGCCUGCUUUUGGGGGGGUGGGUGGGGAGGGGCGCGCGGAUCAUGGCAUUGGAGUUCCCGGGCUUGCAGCCGCCGCCGCCGCCUCGUUCACGCACCCCGAGCGCCCCUUCUUCCCAGAGCAGCAUCGGAGAAGGCGAAGCGGCCGGCGGGGGCGAGGCAGAUGGGGCUCAAGGCGCGCAGGGCGGCGGGGGCGGCUGGCGGCGGCGGCGACGGGGGCGGCGGAGGCGGCGGGGCCGCUAACCCAGCCGGGGGGGACGCGGCGGCGGCCGGCGACGAGGAGCGGAAAGUAGGGCUGGCGCCCGGCGACGUGGAGCAAGUCACCUUGGCGCUCGGGGCCGGAGCCGACAAAGACGGGACCCUGCUGCUGGAGGGCGGCGGCCGCGACGAGGGGCAGCGGAGGACCCCGCAGGGCAUUGGGCUCCUGGCCAAGACCCCGCUGAGCCGCCCAGUCAAGAGGAACAACGCCAAGUACCGGCGCAUCCAAACUUUGAUCUACGACGCCCUGGAGAGACCGCGGGGCUGGGCGCUGCUUUACCACGCACUGGUGUUCCUGAUUGUCCUGGGGUGCUUGAUCCUGGCUGUCCUGACCACAUUCAAGGAGUAUGAGACUGUCUCAGGAGACUGGCUUCUGUUACUGGAGACAUUUGCUAUUUUCAUCUUUGGAGCCGAGUUUGCUUUGAGGAUCUGGGCUGCUGGGUGUUGCUGCCGAUACAAAGGCUGGCGGGGCCGACUGAAGUUUGCCAGGAAGCCCCUGUGCAUGUUGGACAUCUUUGUGCUGAUUGCCUCUGUGCCAGUGGUUGCUGUGGGAAACCAAGGCAAUGUUCUGGCCACCUCCCUGCGAAGCCUGCGCUUCCUGCAGAUCCUGCGCAUGCUGCGGAUGGACCGGAGAGGCGGCACCUGGAAGCUUCUGGGCUCGGCCAUCUGUGCCCACAGCAAAGAACUCAUCACGGCCUGGUACAUCGGUUUCCUGACACUCAUCCUUUCUUCAUUUCUUGUCUACCUGGUUGAGAAAGAUGUCCCAGAGGUGGAUGCACAAGGAGAGGAGAUGAAAGAGGAGUUUGAGACCUAUGCAGAUGCCCUGUGGUGGGGCCUGAUCACACUGGCCACCAUUGGCUAUGGAGACAAGACACCCAAAACGUGGGAAGGCCGUCUGAUUGCUGCCACCUUUUCCUUAAUUGGCGUCUCCUUUUUUGCCCUUCCAGCGGGCAUCCUGGGGUCCGGGCUGGCCCUCAAGGUGCAGGAGCAACACCGUCAGAAGCACUUUGAGAAAAGGAGGAAGCCAGCUGCUGAGCUAAUUCAGGCUGCCUGGAGGUAUUAUGCUACCAACCCCAACAGGAUUGACCUGGUGGCGACGUGGAGAUUUUAUGAAUCAGUCGUCUCUUUUCCUUUCUUCAGGAAAGAACAGCUGGAGGCAGCAUCCAGCCAAAAGCUGGGUCUCUUGGAUCGGGUUCGCCUUUCUAAUCCUCGUGGUAGCAAUACUAAAGGAAAGCUAUUUACCCCUCUGAAUGUAGAUGCCAUAGAAGAAAGUCCUUCUAAAGAACCAAAGCCUGUUGGCUUAAACAAUAAAGAGCGUUUCCGCACGGCCUUCCGCAUGAAAGCCUACGCUUUCUGGCAGAGUUCUGAAGAUGCCGGGACAGGCGACCCCAUGGCGGAAGACAGGGGCUAUGGGAAUGACUUCCCUGUCGAAGACAUGAUCCCCACCCUGAAGGCCGCCAUCCGAGCCGUCAGAAUUCUACAAUUCCGUCUCUAUAAAAAAAAAUUCAAGGAGACUUUGAGGCCUUAUGACGUGAAGGAUGUGAUUGAGCAGUAUUCUGCCGGGCAUCUCGACAUGCUUUCCAGGAUAAAGUACCUUCAGACAAGAAUAGAUAUGAUUUUCACCCCUGGACCUCCCUCCACGCCAAAACACAAGAAGUCUCAGAAAGGGUCAGCAUUCACCUUCCCAUCCCAGCAAUCUCCCAGGAAUGAACCAUAUGUAGCCAGACCAUCCACAUCAGAAAUCGAAGACCAAAGCAUGAUGGGGAAGUUUGUUAAAGUUGAAAGACAGGUUCAGGACAUGGGGAAGAAGCUGGACUUCCUCGUGGAUAUGCACAUGCAACACAUGGAACGGUUGCAGGUGCAAGUCACGGAGUAUUACCCAACCAAGGGCACCUCCUCGCCAGCUGAAGCAGAGAAGAAAGAGGAAAACAGGUAUUCCGAUUUGAAAACCAUCAUCUGCAACUAUUCUGAGACAGGCCCCCCGGAACCACCCUACAGCUUCCACCAGGUGCCCAUUGACAAAGUCAGCCCCUAUGGGUUUUUUGCACAUGACCCUGUGAACCUGCCCCGAGGGGGACCCAGUUCUGGAAAGGUUCAGGCAACUCCUCCUUCCUCGGCAACAACGUUUGUGGAGAGGCCCACAGUCCUGCCUAUCUUGACUCUUCUCGACUCCCGAGUGAGCUGCCACUCCCAGGCUGACCUGCAGGGCCCCUACUCGGACCGAAUCUCCCCUCGGCAGAGACGUAGCAUCACGCGAGACAGCGACACACCUCUGUCCCUGAUGUCGGUCAACCACGAGGAGCUGGAGAGGUCUCCGAGUGGCUUCAGCAUCUCCCAGGACAGAGAUGAUUAUGUGUUUGGCCCCAAUGGGGGGUCGAGCUGGAUGAGGGAGAAGCGGUACCUCGCCGAGGGUGAGACGGACACAGACACUGACCCCUUCACGCCCAGCGGCUCCAUGCCUCUGUCGUCCACAGGGGAUGGGAUUUCUGAUUCAGUAUGGACACCUUCCAACAAGCCCACUUAAAAGAGGUCACUGGCUGACCCUUCCUUGUAAUGUAGACAGACUUUGUAUAGUUCACUUACUCUCACACCCGACGCUUACCAGCGGGGACACCAAUGGCUGCAUCAAAUGCAUGUGUGUGCGUGGUGGCCCCACCCAGGCAGGGGCUUCCUACAGCCUCUUCCUCCCCAUGUCACCACAACAAAGUGCUUCCUUUUCAGCAUGGUUUGCAUGACUUUACACUAUAUAAAUGGUUCCGCUAAUCUCUUCUAGGAUACACAUUUAUCUGCCGUUCUUACUUUUAAUCACGAUUGGACCAGUACAGGGAGAAAUUACUGAUGAGCCAUGCUAUUUGUCUGUUUGGUUGGCUGGUUUGGGUUUUGGUUUGGUAAGCAAAGAAAGUAGUUUAAGUUAUUUCUAGGAUCACUGCCCUCUUGUGUAAAACGCUCCAGCAAUUAACUGUUUUUGAAAGCAAGGAAAUAAUUUUCCCAACAAAACCACAUUGUGUAUCAGUGGGGCUGCCUACUAAGCUAACAUUAGGAAAGGAACAAGAUAGUCAUUGUGUCUCUAAAACAAAGAAUUUAAAGAAAUACUUAAGGCAAAACCUUUUAAAAGCUCUCAAAAAGACCUCAUGUGGUCUGAUGUUAUUUAGUAUCAUGCCUCAGUUUCCUUAUCUGUAAAAAGUUGUGGUAAUCCCAAGUGUAACAUUUCUGAUGAGUUAUGAAUUGGCAGGGAGAAAACACACACACACACACACACACACACACACACAAAGUUAAAAUAGUUUCCAAUUUAUGUAGCCAAGGACAAUGGAAUUUAUCAGAAGUGAAGUGCCCCUCUGGGCAGGAGCUAAGUUCAGUGCCUUUCAAAUGAAGUUCCAACUCCCAUUUCUUCCCAUGAUACUGAAGUACAAAAUAUCCAUCUAAAAUAGAAAUUAAAGUCAAGAAGGCACACAGAAAUUACCUAGUCCAAGGACUUCCUUUUAUAAACGAAGAAUCUUAGGCUCAGGUAAAGUGACACACCCAGAGUCACUCAGUUGUCCCAUAGAGAACCAGGACUCAAAAGUCAGGUCUGCUCACCCUCCCCGCCCUUGUUUCCCCUCACCACACCACUCUUCCAUUUACAUAAUGCAUCCUAGUGAUUGUGUCAAGAUAUAUGAUUUUGUGUAGCGUGGAAAGCACUCAGUUUAUCCAGCAGGAGGGGGAUUUCCACUUUUAUUGCAAAACAUGCUUGCUUGAUGCAAUGCGUUUUAGAUCUAGAAAAAAAUAAUACAAGCAAGCUACAUUUAUGGAUGUGCAAACAGGCAAAAUUUCCGGAACCAUCCAAUUUUACUUUUCCAAAUUUAUGGAUUUUUAAAAUGAAAAUACUAAAACCAUAUGUAACCAUAAGACAAGCUAAAAUUUAAGCAGACAGCCUGGGAAGCACUGCCCUACUGUACAGGUGUGAUAUUAAGCACAAGCCAUCCUCUGGCCUCUUAUGAGAUGUUGUUAUGCUCUGAAAAACUUUGAUGGAAAAGGUUUCUGUUAGGCUUAGACUGAAUUAGCUAAAUGACCACACCACAGUAUUAUUGUAUCACUCUUCUCACACACCUAGGCACUGGUUGUGGAUAGUUGCCAUGGUGACAAUCAAGAUAAGCCAGCUGACCUAAACAAAUGUCUGUAUGCAGCUGACACUGCUAUUCUCCCUCACAGUCUUGUCAAGAGCCACAGUAGCUAUGGCAGACGUUUGGUUGAUGGUUUCAUCAUUUCCUAAUACAAGAGUCUGGCAGUAUGUUGGAGACAGGAAUCACUUCCUCAGAGAUAGGUUCCUUUCAACUCACAUGUCAACAGUUACUGUACAAAAAGCUCAGAAUACAGUAAUGAUUAGAGCUUGACCCCUGACUUUAGGAACUUAGAACCAAAGCCCGAAGUCCCAGGCCAAGUGCAGACAUUGUGAGUGGCAGAAGGGUGUUUUUUAUUGAGAGCCCCACAAAUGGAUGGGUGUAGAUCUUGAAGUCUGAGAUGGGAAAUACACCAGAAUGCUCAAUGCAUCAGACAUGAAGCCCGUGCCCUAUGGGUUUCCAUUUGACUUGCUGGCAAUCUGAAGGACAAAGGGCAUGGGUUAUUUGGGCCUUUUCCCCACUCCUUCAAUAUGGCUGAAAGUGCCACUGGGGAUUACAACCUAAGAAACCCUAUGCCUCUUCCUGAGGGCUUGAUUAUUGAAUCCUGAUCUUCCUGGAAUCUUUCACUUGAGAUGAUCACCUGCCUAACAGCCAACAUGUUACUAUGCUCUUCUUUAUGUACACGAGUUACUGGAAACCAACAAUAAAGGAGAGUGACUCAUACUCUCCACAGAUGCGCCAGUUAAUUUUUUUAACUUAUUAAUAUUCUUGAAGAAUUUACUAUCUUAAGUAUUUUACAAAUAGAUGCAUUUUCCAGCAACUCAAUGGAAUUCUAGCUUAAAGUAUUUACCAUUGAUCCAAAAUUGGAGGAACUACCUUAGGUUCUUUCAAUAACCUAGGGUUAUUGAAAGGGUUGGAGCUUGUAUUAUUUCCUAAACCAUAGGCAGGCGGUCUAGCUUCCCUGCUGGGUCAUAAGACCAGGACAGCAGAGAUUGGGUUUGUAUUGAUCAGUAGUAGGGAAGUAUUGAUCAUCUAACAUCUAGUAAGUUGUCUUUAUCAGUAUAGACAUAGACAAAAUACAUGUUUUAUGAAUGAAUAAAUAAUAAGUACCUUAAGAGCUGUUUUUUCCCCAUUUAAGAAAACAAAAAGGAAAAGAGAAAAAUGAUCUUCUGGAAUAACUCUGCUUUGAUAUUCUCCUUUUGUUCCCCAAAAAAUACAUUCCAGAAAGGCAAACCAAACCUGCUCAAGUUGCCUACGCAUAGACAAUCGCAACAACAUGGCUCACAGUGAGCAAGCAGAAAUUCAGGGUCUGGAAUUGAAUGUGAGUUAUGGGAAGAAACAGUGUGUGCUUUCACAAAGAUCCUUUCGUCAGACAAAGGAACAGCGUGAUAAUCCAAUGGAACUGGUUAACAACAUGACCCAAGAUGACAUGACCACAGAUAUACUAGUCGUUCUGAAACUUGCCCAAGAAAUUGCAAUCAUUUCAGCAGAACUCCAUGAAAUAUUGACAAAUUAAUUCCAUCCUCAAACUAGGAAUGAUAUUAUCAGGUAAAACUCUGAUCCCAUGUAUGUAUUUGGUCUUUCCGGGUCACAAUGUGACAUGAAAAAUUUUAAAGGUCAUAUUUUAGCAAGAUCAAAAUGAAUGAGAUAAAUCAACUUCACAAAUGUUAGGCGAAACAUGGUCCUACUGAGCUGAGAAAGAAGUACUUGAGAUCAAGUUUGAGUUUUGACUAUCAAAUGUCAGCACAAAAGCAAAUAUCAAAAGCUUAAGAAAAAAUUUAUUUCAAGAAAAGAAAAACACAUCAAAGUGAGAAAGUGCUAUUGAAUAACUUUGUUUUUAGAACUGGGAAUUUAGGCUUAUUAGACAUGACAUUGAUAUUACAAAGCCCUAGUUUUCAUGAAAACAUAACCAGAUAACCCCAAGGUGUAUAGGUUAAAAAUGAACUAAUUAAUCAAUGAUUAUGCUUCCUGUGUCUAUUUUGUGCAAGGUAGUUCCUAGACACUGUAGUUUAAAAGAAUAAUUUCCUGUAGAAAAACCUAAUAUAACAGGACCUACUCAUAAUUUGGCAAAAUCAUUCUCAUAAUUCCAUGCUACUGAAAUGGGGGUGUAAUAAAGAAAAAGUCAUUUGUUUAUUCAUUUAACAAGGUUUAUUAAGCACCAAUAUAUGCCCAGAACUGUGCAGUGCACUGGAAAUUCAGAGAUAAGAAAACCACAGUUUCUGCCAACAAAAUACUAGGAAUCUAGAGGUCUCAAAUAUCAGAGGUCCCUUCCAACUAUGUCUACCAGGAAAAUAAAAUACCUGAUUUCAUCCCUGCAAACAACUCUAUACAGACAGAAAUGCUUCCUAGCUUGGAAACUAUAGAAAAUUGAACAUGAAAAUGAGAGCAAAGAUUCUACAUCAAAAUGGCAAUGAUCCAAUCAGCCCAGUCAAGGCUGAGUGGGUUGAAUGGGGACUUCGAGUUUGGAUUCAAUGCUUUGAACUUCAUAGCUCCAGAGAAGCUGUGCAAAAAAAAGGGGAUUCUAGGGAAUCUGAGGAAGAUUGUUGGAGAAACCAGCUUUCUUCUCUCCUAAUCCCUACUAAGAUUGAGACCAGGCAAGGAGCUGAGCUACUUUCAUUUCAUCAUGUUGACCAAGAGAAGCUUAUGAUACAGACUAUGACACAGCACCUAUUUCAAGAGAAAGAUGUUACUUUACUUAUGGAAACCUGCAGAUCAAAUUCUCCUGGGGCAAGAGAAGAAAUUUGUUCAGCAGCCUAAGAAGUCAACUGUACUUUGGACAGUGCUGCCAAACACACCCCAGGAUUCUCCCGCCCCUGUGCUUCCCCAGAAGAUGCCACAUAGCUGGUAUUUGGUUUUCAUGAAUAACCAAAGAUUCUUCUUUGCUUCCUGAACCCCAGGCAUCCUUAGGAAUUUGCUUCAUGUCCUCACUUGUCCUUGAAGGCUUGUUUUUCAGAAUGAACUUUUUAAGUCUAAAUUGUUUAUAUUCAAAUCAACCCAACGCUAUUGUUGCUGAUAUUAUACCAUUCCAAACUGAGCCAACUGGCCCCUAAACAAGCCAGCAGGCAGCCCCUCACUAAUGCCCAGUUUAGAACAUGUUAGGACCAGGCUAUCUGCAUAGCUUUAGUGGUUUUAGAAGCCAGUAAUGGCAGUGUAAGUAAAAGAGACAGGAAUCAUACAGAGAUGACCUGGAAGAAAAUUUGAGUUUCAGCACAUUCAAAAGCAUUUGACUUUUCUGCCAUGUUUUGAUUUUCAAGUGAGACAAUCAAUGUACACACAAAACACCUAGUACAAUGACUGACGCAUACUAGGGACUAUUAUUUAUGUUAUUUUUUACGGUAUGCAUGGACUUCAUUGUCUCAGUCUUUGAUGUUGCUUAUGAACUCUAAAUUUACACCAAAUUCUUUUUUCAGAAAAAAGAAUGGUGGAGAUACAAUCUUAAUUAUUAAAUCAAAUGCUUUCAUAAUUGCUUUUUAAAUAACUACAUCUCUGCAAAUAAAAAUGCUUACUCUUGUCUACCACAAUAAAGAAGAGUAGGAAUAUUGGAAUGAAGAGAGGCAGGAAUGUUGGAUCUCAGUGGCUGAGUUGUGGCAAUUCCAUUGGACAUAUAGUACCAGAUGUUGCACCAUCUGGAUGAUGUGUAGGAGAUAAAGCCAAGUAGCAAGAAUAAAGAACUCAUGAUUUCCCAAGGAAAGUCAACUGUGCAUGGUGGCUAUCAGACAACACCCUAGCAAUGAAUGGGGGAACUUGCAGAAGAAAGAGUUAAUGCUUGCUUAAACCUUCCCUGGGGAGAUUUGUUCCCAGGCUUUCAUGGCUUUAACCUCAGCAACCCUGUAAGAAAAUUGUGAUUCAUAUUUUGAUUUGUUAUCAUAGAUGCAAAGAGACAUAAUUUCAUGGAUUCUAAGAUACACAGAGCAAGAAGAGAUUUUGAUCACCCAGAACAACCACCUGUCUUUUUAGAUUAAGAAGCAGAAGCUCAGAGCAAAGAACAUCACACCAUGUCCCUCAGUGAUUGAAGAAGUGAUUGAGUCACAGAAUAAAUCUGGAACUCAGGUCUUCUGAUCCUUGCUCCAGAUGUUAGAGACAAAACUAAAAAUAAAAUAGCAAGUGAAAUCAAAGCAUCACUAUUGAGCCCAGAACAUGAAUAAGAACUUCCUGGCCCACUUGAGAAACUGUUAAACCAGACAUACCUUUGGGGACUUCUUCCCUUCUCUGGAAUAAGAUUGAUGUUUCCAUGCUGUGAAAGAUGAUGAUGUUCCUUCUCCCAGAUUCCUGCUGUCUUCAAAAGGCCUAGCAAAAACCACUGCUGCUGGGUGCAGUUGAGAAAGGGAAUGAAGAAGAACAAUCCCAUGGCCAUGCAGGCACUCCUCCCCUCCACCUCUCUGCCCUCCACCCCUCUGCCCUCUCCUACCUUGUUCCUUCUUGGUCCUGGCAUGUUUGGACCGGUUCACCUUUUUGGCCCAUCACUUGGACUCAUUCAGCUCCAGAGUCAUGCCUUAGAUUGCAUCCUCAUCUAUAGGCCAAUUAAACAGGGUUUCUCCUUGAUAAAUCCCUAUGGUUUUGAUUUUAGGAAGUCAGGCAUGAUUUCUCUUGGGAUCUAUAUGACCCAAAGUGGCCAGUUUUACCAAAGGUGUCCCUUUGCACUGGGAUCUCUGGGUCUCAUUUGAACACAGCUUGGGUCCUCUUGCCUUGUCCCAGAGAAUCCCCAUGUUGUCAGGCCAUAAGCAGAUACUCUAGGGCCUUCACCAAAAGCUACAAAGAAGCAAACAGGACUCAACUUAGGACAUCUUAUGGUUAUGUAACUAGGAGAUUAUUUUAGGAAGUAAACAGGCAUCUGUUGGCUCAAAUGAACAUCUUCAUUGUUAGUUUCCACUUACAUUGUUCUCGGGAUAAAUCUGCCAGAAUUUGGCAGGGCUCCCAGCAGUCCUUGUGAAUCCCUGUGGUAGGAUGUUUCAGUUCUCCUGAGUCAGGCUGAAGUGUAAGCUCCUAAGAGAUAUUCAGAAAGAAGGAUGGUCAAGUUCUAGAACAACAAUAGUUGGCCCAGUAAUUUUAAAGAUUGUCAUUCUACCUAAGCCUUCAUCCUCCAGAUAGCACUGUUAGGGGCUUAAAAUAAGCUUCAAGGGAAAUAAUGAAUUUCUUUGACACAGCCAAAAAUGGGCUGUAUAUAAGAAUAACUUGAGAAUGACUUACAAUUAGGUAGUCAAAAGCCCAGCUCAGUGCUCAGGAAUGUAUUUGUAAUUCCUCUUAGACUUGUCGAAUGGACUGCAACUUGAUACCUAAGAGUAAUAAAAAAUGAGAGCAUAUUUUAUUUUAAUGUUCCCUUCUCUUCCUCUGCCCACAAAAACGAGGUCAGGGAAGGGGAGAGAAACUUAUCCUAAGCGCUCCUUAUGAGUUGCCUGUGACAUGAUAGCUCUCUCUAAAGUUCAUGCAAUCCUCAUUGCAACCCCAUGAGGGAGAUGUUAUUGUCUCCAUCUUAUAGAUGAGGAAACUGAAGACAAGACCUUGUCAAAGGUCACACAUUGUAAGAAGUAGAGCUGCAUAUUUAACCAAAGCCCGUGUACCUGGAAAGCCCAUUCUCCCUCCCUCUUCUUCCUCUCAAAUCAGGCCCUAGCUCCUCCACAAUGCUUCGGCCUUCUACAUUCACUCAGCUUUGCAGUAAAAUGAUCACAGACCCAUGAGUUCCCUGGAGAGUAGAGUGAUGCCUGGGUCAGCUGUUCCUCUUGUCUGUUCAGCAGAUCCUUUGAGUGGCUUCACAAUCCAGCUGUCAGUGGCAGAAAAUAAUGCCUCAUAAAUUAUUCACCUGGUUCACAUUGGAAUCCAUUAGCUCUUGGGGCUUGGUGUGGCUGCAGAUCAUCCACAAGUGCCCCUUGUUCUCUGCCCCCAAGGAGCUCCUGUCAUUGUUUUUAACCAAACAAGUUCAAAUAUCUCCAUGUCUCUGCUGACUCUGGUCUUUUGUCUCUAGACUGUACCUUUAUUUCUGAGCUCUGAAAUUCUGCAGAAACAGGUGAGUCUAUAAAAACAUUCUGUGGGAGGCCAAAAGCUCAGAACAGUUGUGUCUCUCUUUCUGAGUAUUAAAAGAUCAAGGUUUCCCAUGGAAGCCAACCUGAUCUGGUAAUUGGGCCCUUCUAUACCCCUCUGAAUACUUUUCCAAGGAGAGGGCAUUUCCCACCCCCAUAGUUCCCCUGAGGGUUAAGAGUCCAGGUGGUGGCCAAGUUGCAAGAUUUGGGGCAGCCAUUUUGCCAAGGAUCAGAGAUGCGCUGUCGGAGAGGUGAAAUCGGCUCUGUCCCAUCCUGAAAAAUCAACUUAGAAAGACAGGUGGACUUCAUGAGAUUUGUCAGUCCUUCGUUGUUUUAAAGAGAAAAAUGAUCUCUGCCUUGCUUCAGAUAGGAUAUGGCUAUUUUUUUUCCUUCUUUUUCUAAUGUAGCAGUGAUGGAAAACACCAGUCUUUGAAGAACAAAUGGAGGUUCCCAGUGACAUGAAUCCAUUAUAUUUGAUUUUGGAUUGUAUUUUUUAACCCCUUUUUAUGGCAUAGAAUUCUGGUGCCUUGCUCCCUGGGUUUGUCUCUGUGCUAUGAGUAGGCUUUCUUCACAUUCUGGCUUACAGGGGAACACAACUAUUCCACAAGUGGCCUUUAGUGCUCUUUAUAAUAUGAUUUCCUGUAAUUUUUAAACUGUAUGUGUAAUUUAUAUUCUGGCUCUGUCCGAUAUUUGAACAACUUUAAUAGGUUGAUUUCCAUAUAUAUUAUGCAAAUAAUUCUUACCUGAUUUUUUAUGUUCUAUCUUAAAUAAAUACUGCACCACUUAUUAAUAAAUAGACAUUUCAGUGA